AUGUUAAUGAGAUUAAACACGGAUAUAUAUAGAAUAAGAUAUACAAAGUCAUCGCGGCAAAAUAUCGGUGAUUCUCGUAAACCUCUCAUGAGAAGGCCUGGUGGAGUCCAGCAAUGGCGAAAGUAUUUAAGUCGAGCUAAGGGUAUCAAUACUGCCUUAGACAUAGUAGAAGAAGCCUUGAUAUCCUUGCAAGAGAAAGCAAAGCAACAGCCUGUUCUUCCAGGAUCAAGCACAGAUUCUCACUGCAUUAGAAACAGUCCACAGCCAUCAACGUCGGAUGCACAUCAGAAAACUGCCAAGAAAGUGAAAACAAGUGGCGUGUUGAUUAAACGGCAACCACGAAGCAGGUCAAGGAACCUGAGAACUGGGAGCCAUCAUCCUAGCGGUAAAAGAAAGGUCAAAACAAAGAAAAAGCAAGACAUAUCUGCUCCCAAGAUAGAUAAUCCAAAUGAAAAUCUGUCAAGUAGCAGUGAUGAUACCCCAAGGAGAUCAAGAUCACAGCAGCCACGUUCUCGUCAAGAGCCUCUGAGACCUAGAAGCAAAAGAGGUAAUGAGAAUGUUACCCAGAAACUACCAUGCGAGUCAACUCAUUGUAGCAUCAUUGAUAACUCAACUCAUAAUCCUGCGGCUAUAUACAGGUCCUCUAAGAGACAAGGCAGCAGAGGAAGUAGUCACAUAGUAGGAGAGACCUCUGAGGAUGAGAUUUUGCCUGGCAGGAGAUACAAGUCCACCAGGAGGUCCAACUCAAGGGCCAGAUUACUACCAACAGGUAAAGGAGUUGAUAAACCAAGUCAUGGCUAUGCUGCACCAACGCUCACAUCAAGGCUGAGGACAGAAUUGUUAGAACGUCGAGAAGCUGAAGAAAAGGAGAAUUUGAUACCCUUCAUCCCCUCUGGAUCAGAGAAUAAAAGUUUUCACCUGGGGGUGAUAAUCCAGAAAGAGUUGGGACGACUGAAAAAUAUUCCACCAAAGGAAUUAGAGAAUGCUAAGGCUCCUCAGCAGUGCAAACCUGGUAACAAGAGCAGUAUUUCUGUAAUGACAGAAGAGGCUGUUAAAUUGGCAAUGCAGAAUAUUGAAAAAGAAAUUACAGCAGUCACGAAGCAGAUCUCCAAUUUUAUUCAAUGUUGCCUCAAGAGGUACACAUGUAUGCUUAUGUUUACAUGGGAUAAGCAGGUGGGAUUUGGUCCAUAUUUUUGUAGAUAUAGAGAAUAUAAAGAUCUGUGA